CUCUGAGCUACGGGUGGCGAGUCAUUAAGUCCGGGAGAUCGGAGCUUGUCGCACGACACACUUUUAAACAUAUCAAGAUUUUUACCAACCUCUAAGAGAAAAAAAAUAUAAACAUGACAAGUAGCAUAAUUCGUAUAGCAGCCAGAAUAACCAAAUGCCGGCCUAUCACUGCGUGCAGCCGAUACCAUCAGUACAGCACAGAAAAUAAAGCGAGAUAUUACACAAAGAAGCAUGAAUGGGUGGCUGUAAAUGGAGACAUUGGCACUGUCGGCAUUUCCCAAUAUGCACAGGAAGCAUUGGGCGAGGUGGUGUUUGUCCAACUGCCUGACGUAGGCAAGGAGGUGUCAGCGGGUGAGGAGUGCGGGGCGCUCGAGAGCGUUAAAGCUGCAAGUGAGAUAUUCUCGCCAAUAUCAGGAACUGUGACAGAAAAGAACGACAAAGCUGAAAGCACGCCAUCUUUGAUCAACAAGUCGUGUUACGAGGACGGCUGGCUAUUCCGUCUGAAGCUAGUAGGCACAGAAGAGUUAAAGAAAUUGAUGGAUCAGACGGCAUAUGACAAAUAUCUACAAGAAUCGCAUUGAUGAUAAUUCAUCUCGCAAAUAUUUCACUAAUAACUUUUAAUACAAAUUCAUACACUUGUUGCCAUCCCAGUCAUUUAAUGGCCCUUAGUGUGAAUUUUUUAUAUCAAAUUUACGUUAACGGCCAUAUUUAGUUAAUACCGUGUGUGCCUCAUUAGUGUUAUUUUUAUUUUAAAUCAAAGUACAAAAAUUA